AUGGACCUCCGGACAGGACAGCAUGGACACGUGCACCUAUGUUUGAGGGAGUUUUGUAUAGAGAAAUACGGCAGGGAACAAUGGGACAAAGUAUUGAAGGAAGCCGACCUCGACGAUGAUAACGACUUCAUGUUGUUUCAUUACUACAAAGAUGCCAACACAUUCAAAUUGGUCGGCGCAAUCCAAGCUGUAGUGGGUAUCGAGUUGCCUCAGCUAUUGGAAUCAUACGGCCGCCAUUUUUACACGUACGCCUAUUCCCGUGGUUACGACCGUAUGAUGAAGACUUUAGGACGAGACUUCUUCUCCUUCGUACAGAACCUCGAUCUGCUCCAUUCAUUGUUGGCACUCACAUACAAGGGCAUGCGCCCACCACAGUUCCGGUGUGAGAGGAAGAACAACAAACUGUUGGUACACGUAUACACAGUGAGACCGGCUAUGUAUCCAGUCGCAGUGGGUACAUUAAAGGAAGUUGCUAAGCAACUUUUUGAUACAGAGAUUGAAAUGGAGCUUGUCGAAAGACUUACAGGCGAAAUAUUUGAAUCCAAAUUUUGCGAACAUGUGAUUUUCGACGUGAAAGUCAUUGGCGUAGAUCGAGGAAUGGGUAUUGAUGUUUCAAAAACUCGGAACUGCAGCGUGGUGUUGGAUAAAGGGAUCAAACCGGACGAUCUGGACAGAUACAUGGACAAUCAGAUGGUCAGUCUUCCCCGCCGUAGUUUACAUCUGGCUAUCCCAUACAGUGUCAUCUUUAACGACAAAAUGCACAUUCUCGGGGCUGGCUUACACUUGAAAACUCUGUGCUCAGACCUAGAAAAGGCUAACAUUAAAUUUAACGAUGUGUUCGAGAUCAAAGAACCCAGUGUUACCCUAUCAUUUAAAAACAUAAUGAAUUGUUCCAACACGUAUAUGUACUUUUUCCUGCAAAUGAAGCCGAGGAAAGGCAAAAACAAUAUUGAAGAGGAAUGCCCGUUACUCCGAGGUCACAUGGUUCCUUUGGAGAACCGGAAGCACAUUGCUUUCCUAGGCAGUCCAUUCUUUGAGAGCAUCGGUGACCUGUUGGCGUCCACGUGCUACCUCAACAACAUCCCACAAGAUCAAAUCACCAUGGAGAUCAUGUUUAUGAACGAACAGCGGAGAGCUGACGUGGAAAUGAGUAAGAAACUAGACGAGACGACUGCAACAAUGAAAAAGCUAGCAAGUGCUCUAGAACAGGAAAAGAAAAAGACCGACACCCUGUUGUAUGAGAUGUUACCCGUCAAGGUGGCAAAUCAGUUAAGGAAUGGCGAGGUGGUAUCGGCAGAGAAGCACGAAUGUGUUACCAUCCUAUUCAGCGAUAUUGUGACGUUUACCAACAUGGCUGCCAACUGUGAACCUAUUCAAAUCGUCGCCUUGUUAAAUGACCUUUUUAUGGGAUUUGACAACUUGUCGACCGAAUAUGAUGUUUAUAAGGUUGAAACAAUCGGCGACGCAUACAUGGUGGUAUCGGGAGUUCCGGAAUCUAUCGCUGAUCAUGCGCAGAGGAUUGCUACCAUGGGUUUAGGAAUGAUAGCGGAAACUAAGCGUGUAAUUUCCCCUGUUACAGGCAAUCCAAUCCAGAUACGAGUGGGGAUCCACACAGGCCCGGUGGUGUCGGGAGUAGUCGGGUCGAGGAUGCCGCGUUAUUGCCUGUUUGGGGAUACGGUUAACACCGCAUCGCGCAUGGAGAGUCACGGAGUUCCUGGCCGUGUUCACAUCAGUGGUUCUACAUAUCAAAAACUUAUCGGUACGGAAUAUGAACUUGAGCCCAGAGGACAAGUAGAAAUCAAAGGCAAAGGUUUAAUGAACACGUACUUCAUCAAUGGCAAGUCAAACGACGUAAAGGCGUCCCAAAUACCAAAAGUCAGCAAAGUGCAGAAUACAGACGGGGAAAAGGAAUCCCAAAUACCAGAAGUCAUCAAAGUCCUGAAUACAGACGACGUCAAGGCUUGUGCGAAUACCGCGCCUCUUCAAGAUGACAAGGUUACAAAUGAAAACACUAUCACGAAUGAUCAAAACACACCGCCAUCAACGAGUAACACAAGCGAUAAUGCAGAUGAUAGGAGAAAGGUGGGUCAAAGCUCGCUGUGUCUGAUAUUGUAGGAUAACAGUAUCUGGAUGUACGUAUGGGUAUACAGUCAAAUCUACAUCGGCUUGUCUGAGUGUGCGCGUAGUCAAAGCUUACUGAGCCGUCUUACUUCCAGUUGGACAAAGUUGUUUGUUGAGGAAAUAAAGACGGGCCUACUGGUCUUAUGUUGCGUUCAGACGAGUUUCGACAAAGAAUUUCAAUGCGUUAUCGUCGAUAUAUUCCGUCAAGAUUUAUGCCUGAAAUAUUACAUUAAAAUUGACGAACCGACUUAUCCGUAUACACAAACAGGACCCUGUGUACCAGGUAUACAAGCUCAAGACCUCCGUUUCUCAUCUGAGCUGAUCCUUGGUUCACCAAACAAUUAGUAAACAUUGCCCUGAUCUUUGGAUAAGGUGGUUUACUUCAUUUCAAUAUGAUAUUGUGCCCAUCGUCGUAAACUCAAGAGACUGUUUAAAAAAAGAAGAAAAUUUCAUUUGUAUCAACUAAAUAGCAGAUAUUUGUUGUUUG